CACCGCCCGUUCUCGCUUCAGGUGAAUCGAGGCGCUAGCUGAAGAGGCUAACGUAUUCUUUUGCAGCUACCAGGAGUUACUCUGUACUGUCUUCAAAAAUGACGCACCAGUUCCCAUCCCUCUCGACGGAGCAGAAGAAGGAGCUGGCCACCAUCGCCCAGCGCAUUGUGGCUCCUGGGAAGGGCAUUCUGGCAGCCGACGAGUCUGUCGGCACCAUGGGGAAGAGGCUGCAGAAGAUCAACGUGGAGAACACCGAGGAGAACCGCCGCUGUUUCCGCGACCUGCUCUUCUCCGUCGACCCCUCCAUCGCCAACAGCAUCGGCGGGGUCAUCUUCUUCCACGAGACGCUGUACCAGAAGUCAGACACGGGCGUGACAUUUCCCCAGCUCAUCAAGGAGAAGGGCAUCGUGGUGGGCAUCAAGGUGGACAAAGGAACGGCAGGGCUGAAUGGGACAGACGGAGAGACCACGACGCAGGGGCUGGACGGCCUGUCUGAGCGCUGUGCUCAGUAUAAGAAGGACGGUUGCGACUUUGCCAAGUGGAGGUGUGUGCUGAAGAUCUCCAACGGCUGCCCGUCCGCCCUCGCCAUCGCCGAGAACGCCAAUGUGCUCGCCAGAUACGCCAGCAUCUGCCAACAGAAUGGCCUGGUCCCCAUCGUGGAGCCAGAGAUUCUGCCUGACGGAGACCAUGACCUGCAGCGCUGCCAGUAUGUCACAGAAAAGGUCCUGGCAGCUGUGUACAAGGCCCUGUCCGAUCAUCACGUCUACCUGGAGGGCACCCUGCUGAAGCCCAACAUGGUCACCGCCGGACACUCCUGCCCCAAGAAGUACACCCCCCAGGAGGUUGCCAUGGCGACGGUCACUGCCCUGAGGCGCACUGUGCCUGCCUCCGUUCCUGGAAUCUGCUUCCUGUCGGGAGGUCAGAGCGAGGAGGAGGCCUCCCUCAACCUCAACGCCAUCAACCAGACGCCCCUGCACCGGCCCUGGAAGCUCACCUUCUCCUACGGCCGCGCCCUGCAGGCUUCAGCCCUCGCCGCCUGGCAGGGGAAGCCAGGAAACAAGCAGGCUGGGCAGGAGGCCUUCGUCACCCGCGCCAAGAUCAACGGUCUGGCAUCCAAAGGAGAGUACCAGCCCUCGGGCCAAGCUGACCAGGCUGCCAUGCAGUCCCUGUACACCGCCAGCUACGUCUACUAGACCACACACAUACACACACACACACACACACACAAACACACACCCAUACACUGCCAACUAUGUGCACUAAAUCACAUACACACAAACGCACAACCAUACACGCCAGCUAUGUCUACGAGACCAUACAUGCGCACACACACACACACACACACACACACACACACACACACAAACACACACCCAUACACUGCCAACUAUGUGUACUAAAUCACAUACACACAAACGCACAACCAUACACGCCAGCUAUGUCUACGAGACCAUACAUGCGCACACACACACACACACACACACACACACGCAUGCAUCCUGGAUACACCUUCUCACACUGUGUACCUGUGCACACAGAGCAGGAUGUUGUACAGCCUGGCAGUGGGACCACACUGCCAGCCUUGUUUGCAGUGCCCUGUGCUACACUGCCACGCCCACACGGGUCCCCCUCUGCAGCAGCCUGUACAGGAACAGCACUGCUCCCUGCUACCGGAAUAAAAGAGCAAUAUUGCUGUUC